AUGUAGCUCCAUACUCCAUCGUACGAAGCAUAACCUUAUCGUUUAUUUGACUUUUCCUUGUGGGGUUCAUGGUGAUCAAAACUUUGUACAAUAAUCCUAGUGUGAAGUCUAAAAGGCCAGCCACAGCCAUAGCCGACUCUAGAAGCAAGUCUUUCUUUAACCAAUCCACAUUUGUCACCACGUCUUUUCUCUCGCGAUAACUAUUAGCAUUUACUCAACCUAUUUCUUCUCAGCAACCAUCUCCAUCCAACUCAAACCUAUCCUCUCCAGCGCGAUGCACAUAUAUUGAAUAUGCGACGGAUACAUUGACGAAAAUUUCAACCACUCGAGCACCAACGCGGGCUGGAGUUUUCGGCGCCUUGGAGGAAGGACAUAAGCUAGUAGAGCUCGCGCGGCAACGUUCCGGAAAACAAUUCGACGACUUUUUUGGCCGAUACAAUACCCUUGAUGAAUUGGAAAUAUCUACGGAGGGUAAAUCGAAAUUGUACGACAGGGAAAUAAUACCAUCGAGGGAAUUGUUUGGGAGUGUUCCAAAUUGUCCGAUUACGAGGGCGGAUAUUUGGUUCAAAUCAACACCUAGACACACUCCUCGAUUCCGUGUGCGAGUAAAUACACAACGGUCUGGAGAUGAGGAUUAGCAUCAGGUUGCAACUUGGCCUGGUCGUCCUGCUGGCUUCUCUUGUUCCAUUGGUUGUGCUUGCUCUAGCUACUUGGUUCAAUAAUUACAGUUUCACAGUCAACGUCAAAGAGAAUGCACUCAGUCUCACCGCAUCGCUCAAAGCUGCUUCAGUUGCUUCCGAUUUACUCUUGAUCCGGGCCACAUGUUCAACAAUUGUCACUAGAAUUCUUAUUCAGCAAGCCAUUAGGGACUUUUACCAAGAAAAGCCCAAUUGGGAUGAAGCAAGAGACGAUGUUCAAAGUGGUUUAGCUUCUGGUGGACUAUCUGCGUUACUUCAAGUCAUCAUCUUCUCGAGGAAUGAGACGGGUUCGGUCAGUGGGAUAUUGAAUGUUACGGCUAAUGCAUCCGGUAGACUACCUUCCUUCAUAGAUACAACGUAUACUGAUCGCGCGGAGGUGCUGCAGAUAUUCAACUCCCCUAUAAUAACUCAAAGAAUCAGCCCGCUUUUCUAGGCGAUGCUGAUCAAGGCUACCCACCGAGUUUGUACCCGAAUAUUUCGUAUAUUCCAACCACAAGGUCCGACCCAAAUGAUCCCGGGACGAAUUUUACAGACGUAUAUGCAUUUGCCGAUUACCCACUCAACAAAAGUGCCGCCCUUCUCCUAGGGCCUCUGCAGAUUAACAGUACUUAUGCUUUGGUAUCAUUGACACUGCCCAUCCUCGAGAACUCGAACCCCGAUUACGUAUUAGGUUAUAUGACUGUAGUAGCAGCUGCAACCUCGCUGAUUGAUGCUGUUUACUCUCGGGAGGGCUUAGAUAACACAGGAAUAGUGUUGAUAGUGGGCACUAAUCGGCGAGAAAACCAGUUUUCAUACGCAAAGAGACCAGCCACAGCAACCUACGAGCCCAGCCUCCAUAAUUUGACGAAAGCGCCUGUCAAAUAUGUCUUUCCGCCAUAUCCUCUCGCUGGACAAACCGAUAGACAUUCGGUCUACAAUUCGAACUUGACUAAAUACGGAACCUCGAACUUUAGCGAAGGUCAAUAUCCGGCCAUUUUACAUGGGUUCGGAGAACGGAACCCGAAAGUCAAUAAUGCCAGCAGUUAUAUCACAACCACAAACGAGCAAGGAGCAAAAGUCGCUGUAGGCUGGGCGAGACCACAGAGUGACUUGGUUGAUUGGCUUUUGCUAGUAGAACAAGCUCACUCUGAAGCUUGGGAGCCCAUCAUCAAGCUCAGGAAUAUCUUACUUGCAUGUGUUUUUGGUACAUUUGGAUUGAUUCUCCUUGUGGUGAGUUGACUCAUUAUUUUCAAUGCACUCUUUAUACAAUUCAUCUUUUAGCGACGACUAUUGUUUAGAGGCUAUUCAUUUUCUAGCGAAUUAGAUGAGUUAUUUCCAUUCAAAGUUGCUAACAACGACAAGGUUAUACCGAUGGCUCAUUUUAGCGUUCGUCCGAUCAGAAGGCUAAGAGAUGCCACGAAACAAUCCAUUCAACCACCUGGCUACACUCCACGUCCAAGUAUAGAUGACGAGCCAUACGGUGACCUAGAAGCCAGCGAGGGCAACUCGAGCGGAUCUAAAAAGACGGGAUUUUUAGUUCGGUUGCGAAGAUUAACACAUUCAGGUCGACGCGUGCCGAGGCCAGAAAAAUCGGAGGGCGAUAGACGAAGAGAUUUCAGGAUUCCUGGAAAGGUUCCAGAGCGAAGGCAUUUGAUACACGACGAACUUACUGAUUUAACUUCGAAAUUUAACGAAAUGAGCGAUGAGUUGUUGUUACAGUACACGAGUCUCGAAUCCAAGGUGGCUGAGCGUACAGAAGAACUCGAACACUCGAAGAAGGCUGCAGAGGCCGCAAAUGAAAGCAAGACGUUAUUCAUUGCCAACAUCUCUCACGAGUUGAAAACUCCAUUGAACGGCAUCUUAGGAUUGUGUGCUGUAUGCAUGGGUGAAGAUGAUUUGCCAAGCAUUAAACGUUCAUUAAAGACGGUUUAUAAAUCUGGCGAUCUCUUACUGAAUUUGCUGAAUGAUCUUUUGACUUUCAGUAAGAAUCAAAUUGGGCAACAAUUGAAUUUAGAAGAAAAAGAGUUUCGUCUGUCUGAUGUCAAAGAGCAAAUCAAGAACAUAUUCCGAAAACAAGUGGACGAAGGCGGCAUCAACUUUGGGGUUCACUUUUUGGGUACCGAAAGUACGGAUGGAUCCGCAAUCGAGAACCCAACCGGAAAGCCUUUACCAGCUCUGGGGCCUAAUGGUAUUGGUAGAUUGAAGGACAUGUGUUUAUGGGGAGAUCAACACAGGAUUCUUCAAAUCAUAAUCAAUUUAGUCAGCAACAGUCUCAAAUUCACACCACCAGAGGGUAAAGUGGAAGUCAGAAUCAGAUGUAUGGGUGAAAUAGAAUCAUCACCUGAUGGUAUCAAUAGUCGAAAUUCCAUGGGUUCGAAGCAGAGCUCACAAAGAAGGAAUGUGAGGGGUCGCAAUGGCUCCGGCUCGAAUGCUUCAGGGCACACUUCAACGUAUGUAUCCGGACAAAUAUCACGGACGACAUCUGGUGCCAAACCAUCCGGUACUGCACUUGUGAUCAAUCCUAUGGACCCAAGAGCUCGUAUCCAACUCAACGACAGGUCCGCCACUCCGCCACCUAGUAAUUCUAGGACUUUGUGGUUUUCAAUAGAAGUUGAGGAUACAGGACCUGGCAUCCCGGAGCAUCUACAGGAGCAAGUAUUCGAACCUUUCGUACAGGCUGAUCUGGGAUUAAACAGGAAAUAUGGAGGAACAGGUCUAGGGUUGAGUAUUUGCUCUCAAUUAGCUGGCCUUAUGGGAGGUUCUAUUUCUCUCGUCAGUACACUUGGGGAAGGUUCUACAUUCAAUGUUCAAAUACCAUUGAGAUUCAUCAAGGAGCGAGCGCCAAGUACUUCCAGUUCAGAUGUUAUUGGCUCUCGUCCGGCAAGCGUAGUUUCACAACCAGAAUUCGAUCGUCAUACUCCCAAAGGUUCUAUUGAUGCGUCGACUGCUGUUGGCUCCCCUGGAAAGGGUUCUAGUGGCGUUGGCUAUUCCAUAGAUACUCAACCUCGAUUGGUUGGACUAAGACAACCAUUUUUUACGUCAUCCCCUACACCUCCACCUAACGAGGAUAGCGCAAAAACUCAACUUGCUGCACUCGAUCGUGCUGCCAAAGAGAAAUCGGGCGACAAGAAAAUAAGGGUUUUGGUGGCCGAAGACAAUCUUGUCAAUCAAGAGGUCGUUCUUCGCAUGCUUAAACUUGAGGAUGUCUAUGAUGUGGUAAUCGCCAAGGAUGGUCAAGAGGCAUACGACAUGGUAAAGCAAAGUAUGGAAGAAGGCAAAUUCUUCAACUUGAUUUUCAUGGACAUACAAAUGCCAAAUCUUGAUGGACUGCAAAGCACGAGAUUAAUCAGAGAAAUGGGUUAUUCUGCUCCGAUUGUAGCAUUGACUGCCUUCGCCGAAGAGUCUAAUGUUAAAGAAUGCUAUGAGUCGGGAAUGGAUCAUUUCCUAAGGUUCGUUCUCGGUUUACCUACUUUAACUACAGCCAGAAACUAAUCAUUCUCAGUAAACCCAUUCGACGACCAGCUCUCAAGCAAGUUCUUAAGAAGUUUGCCACCAUUCCGGAGGAGACCGAAGAUUCGUCCCUCACUCGUAAAAGCACACCCGAAAAAGGUCAAACCUCGAAACAAGACACAGGCCCAACAUCUACUUCGACAUCUACUCCCUCGUCAAGUACCGUUACUGAAAUCGUCAAAACCAACGGAACCCCUUCACCACCCUUACCUUCCACCACCACAACGUAACCACGUCACAACAUAACAAAUAUAACUCGUUUAAUUUUGCAUUCUAAUCAUCUUUGUAUUUUCAUCAGGAUACCCCGCUCACUAUACACGAGUAAGCAUUUUAAUAUUUAUCGCGCGUGAUUCAAGUGACACGAAUUUUCUUUAUCCAGCUAAACCCUCGAAAAUUGUAUCUCGAGGGAAACGAUUGGUUUUAGGCACAUCAAUCAUUGAUUAAAAAUAUUUUAUCAUGGCGUUUGGAGCGAACACGGGAAGACCAAUGAGACGAUUUGAUACAAAAGUUCACUGGGCGUGGUUUGGUAUGAUUGCUUGGCCUUUUAUUUUUAUUUAAAGUUUUUAUUUGCGAAACAGUCGGAGAACAUUUCAUUUCAGAUGGCUGGGUGUGGAAUUGAGUGGAAUUUGGAUUUGGAAGUUCGAAUAGCGGCAUCACAGAAUAAUGAAGGAUGGAAGAUGAUAGGAGAUAGUGGGCAGUUGGGUGAAUGGAUGGAUGAUGGAUGAUGGGUACGUGGAGUAAAUGGAGGGGUUUGAUUUGGAUAGGAUCUAAGAAAUGAUACGGCAAUUGAUGUUAUGAAAGUAUACGCGAAGUUGAAAAGUGCAUAACCGAAGAUUAGCUUAGCAUGGGAGGAAGAUUGGAUGAGGAUUUUGAUGUAUAGAAACAAUGGCAUCGAUUUCUCACUCAUGUUUUUUUCUGUCGUACAGUUUUUGGAUGGAUGGAUGCGUGAGGCAAGGCAAAGCAAUGCGUGAAUUGUUAGGGAGUAUAUGGACGCGUGUAUGAAGGAGCGUGUUGCGCGCGAAAAGA